CGAGACAGAUAAUUACUUAGAUGUAAUAAAUAAAAUAGAAUUUGUCGAUUCUGUCACUUUUCACUCACCAACUCACUUGUCUAACAAUUUUUGUGAAAAUUUUAUGGAGACUGAGUCUUCGGAGUUAAAAAAUCUUGCUUUGGUUGAUAACAUUCUCCUGGAUACCAGCGCGCUUGAAGUAAAAGUCCUUGGCUAUCUUGGAGAUAGCAUUGAUGAAUUUUUCACCCUCGACAAUUCGACUGAUGACCAAUAUACCCGCGUGGAUGGUUUUCGCGAUAACUUUGGGCCACUUGAGUUCGAAUUGAUUGAUAACGCGAACGAAAAUGUAAAAAAUACGUAUCUGAUGAUUGAAAUGCCGGGUGACAGCUGUAACCUUGAUCACCGUAAGUUUGAGUACAAAGUGAUUGAUAAUUUCGAAGAGUUCAACAGCCUUCUGGAUUGUGAUAAAGAUUGUGCAGAUAAAGAAGCUUUAAUGGAUCCAUUUAAAAGUGUCCUUUGAAAGAGCUGCUGCAUCACCUGAAGCAUAAAGAA